AUGUAUAAGGAUACAGAAAUAUAUAAUCAAUUAGCAGUUGGUCACUUGGGCAAGUCUGAUAAGAAUUCGGGUGUUCGUAUGGCAUUAGUUGAUGCGAAGAUUGCACGAAGAGGAGAUUUUUCCAAGCCUUCUGACAUCCUAGCAUUUGAUCUUGUUCAAGGAGCACACGUAAAAUGGAGUCCGGCUGUGGUUGUGGACAGGUCGUUACCUGAGCCUCCAACAGCUGUUUUUCUGCAUGGAAUUCUAGGUAGCAAGAAGAACUGGGGAACCUUCACCAGGAGAUUGGCACAAGAAUUUCCGACAUGGCAGUUUCUGUUAGUGGACCUGCGGUGUCAUGGUGAUUCAGCAUCAACUAAGAAAAGGGGACCCCAUAGUGUUUCAUCCACUGCGCUUGAUGUCCUAGAACUGGUUCGACAGCUUAGAUUAACACCUCGGGUUAUAGUCGGACACAGUUUUGGAGGGAAAGUUGCCUUGAGCAUGGUGGAUCAAGCUGCAAAACCUCUUGCACGACCAGUCAGAGUUUGGGUUCUAGAUGCUACGCCUGGAAUAGUUCGUCCUGGUGCGGGUGGGGAGGACCAUCCAGAAGAAUUGAUAUCUGCCCUAAGGUCAUCUCCAACCGAAGGGCAGGUUUCCUCAAAGCGGGAUGUUGUGGAUGCUCUAGUUCAAAAAGGAUUCUCCAAAGAUGUCGCACAGUGGGUGGUUACUAAUCUUCGACCAACCAAUUCUCUUGGUUCAUCACCAUCAACCUUCCCAUGGGUGUUCGAUCUGAAGGGAAUCGCUGAAAUGUACAAAUCCUAUGAAGAAACAAAUUUAUGGAAAAUUGUUGAAGAUGUGCCUCGAGGUGUCCAUGUAAACAUUUUGAAAGCAGAAAGGAGCUUGCACAGAUGGGCUUUACGAGAUCUCCACAGAAUUCACGCGGCUAAAGAUCUUGCUGCUGAGGAAGCAGGUGGUGUGGAAAUGCAUGUCCUUGAGGAUGCAGGCCACUGGGUCCAUGCUGAUAAUCCGGACGGGCUGUUUAGGAUCCUUUCCUCUUCUUUCUAUUGAGCCAAAACCUGGGGGAGCUUUAGCACGCUCUUGAUCAGUUCAGACAU